GAAACCUUAACAUCACAAAAUUCACAAUAUGGCAGAAACUAAGGUGAGUUUGAAGCUCCUGAUCGAUACCAAGGCUAACAAGGUUCUCUUCUCUGAGGCCAGCAAGGAUUUUGUGGACUUUCUGUUGCACAUAUUAUCAUUGCCAGUUGGUUCCGUUGUGAAGCUUCUCGAAGAGAAAAGUAUGGUGGGUUGUCUUAGCGACCUAUGCAGGAGUGUCGGUGUUCUUGACGCUGACUACUUGAUGAGUAAAGCCAGGGUAAACUCCUUGCUCAAUCCUAGUGCUAACUCUAAUGUUCCUUUGUUAACUCUUAAUACUGCCGUUAAUACUGGCGGGGGAUAUGUUAAAAGUGUUGUGACUUACAUGGUGAUGGAUAAUUUGGAGGUGAAACCGAUGUCUACUAUUUCUGGGAUUACUCUCAUGAAUAAGUUUCAUGUCAAGGAUGUGGCUUUAUUGAUGGAGAAAGAAGUUGAAGUUGGUCUUACUGAGGGAUUAGCUAUGCUGAAAGCCUCUUUCGAGACCAAAGACGUGCUGUCCACUGUCUUUCUGGGAAAGAAAAAAUAGAUCGACGUUCUUCUGCAUGCACUUCCUUGAAAGAAGUUAGCUACCGUUGUCAUCUAAAUCUUGUUAGUUUGUGGAUCAAUUAAAUAAA